AUGGCUCAAGGCAACAACAACAAGGCACAUGCCACCAGCAAGGAUAUCAAAGCACUUGUCCACCAUGAUACCGGCCUGGACGAAGCCAUCCACUUCGAACGGUCCCUAACCUUUCUCCAAGCCUGCACCCUCUACCCCUCCGCCAUCUUGUGGUCCGCCUUCGUCUCCAUGGGCGUCAUAAUGCUCGCCUUCGACCCGCAGCUCCUGGGCAACUUGUACGCCAUGCCGCAAUUCCGCAAAGACUUUGGCUAUCUCUAUAAAAAUGACUGCAUCAUCAGCGCGCCCUGGCAAACCGGCCUCUCAAUGGGUAAUCCCGUGGGUCAAGUCGUCGGCGCUUUGAUUGCGGGAUACCCGAUGGAGCGGUUCGGGAGGAAGUGGACUUUUGGGACUUGUGUGGCGCUGACGGCUUGUCUUAUUUUUAUCCAGUUUUUCGCCCGCUCGCUGCAGGUGUUGCUGGUAGGUGAGCUUUUGGGGGGUCUGGUGCUGGGGUGUUAUGCCGUUAUUGCACCUGCUUACUCGUCCGAGGUGUGCCCGAUGGCUCUUAGGGGGGUGUUGACGAGCUAUGUGAACUUGUGCUUUGUUAUUGGUCAGUUGUUGGGGAACGCAGUAUGUGCUGGAACGAGCAAGUUGAGCAAUCAUUGGGCGUAUUCAAUUCCGUUUGCGCUGCAGUGGUUUUGGUGCUUGGUUAUACUAUUGGGGCUGGCGUGGGUGCCGGAAAGUCCGUGGUGGUUGGUACGGAGGGGGAAACUGGAUGAGGCUGAGAUGGUGCUGCGUAGGCUGGCAUCGGACAAGGUUGAUGUGGGAAAGACGUUGACAGUGAUUGUGGAGACGGAUCGGUUGGAGCAGGAGUUGGAGAUGGGGAGUACUUAUUGGGAUUGCUUUAGGGGAGUGAAUCUCCGGAGGACGGAAAUUUCCAUGGGUGUUUAUUGUACCCAGGUCCUGAGUGGGAUUUACCUGAUCAAUUAUGGGACGUAUUUCUUUCAGCUCGCUGGUUUGGACAACGACGAAGCAUUUGACAUGGGAAUUGGAUUUUUAGCCGUCGGCUUCCUCGGCACUAUCAUUUCCUGGCCCCUGUUAAUCCGCUACGGUCGCCGAAAGAUCUACAACACCGGCCUCCUAGUCCUCGUCGUCCUUCAAAUCAUUAUUGGCAUUCUCGACUGCAUUCCUGGCCGGCCCAGUGGCGUUAUUUGGACCGAAUCCUCACUGAUGCUAGUAUGGAACUUCUUCUACGAUAUAUCUGUCGGCCCCGUCUGCUUCGUCAUUAUAUCCGAAGCCAGCGCCACCAGGGUGCGAUCCAAGAGUAUUGCCCUGGCGACUGCCGCUCAAGGCGCUCUUGGCUGUGUGAUGACGGUUGCAAUUCCUUAUAUGAUCAACCCUGAUCAGGCGAACAUGCAGGGGAAAUUGGGUUUCUUCUUUGGGGGUCUUACUGCGAUGUGCCUGGUUUGGUCGUUUCUGAGGGUUCCGGAGACGAGCGGGAGGACGUAUGAAGAAUUGGAUAUUCUAUUUGAGAGGAAGGUUGGAGCAAGGCAGUUUGAAAAAUACGUUAUUGAGAGUGAAGGUGUCGACUGA